CUAAUUUGGGAGAAAGUUCUUUUCGUAAUACUCCCAUGAUUUGUAAGGGACAAGUGAAAGGAUGGACCGUUGAUAUUAUUCUUGACAGUGGAUCCUCCACCAAGGAAAUUAAUGAUAAAUGUAAUACAUGUGAGGAUGACUAUUCCCGAUGGGAAACUAUUAAAGUUCUGCCAACUCAAGAAGCUCGCCAUUCCCAAUCCUUAUUAGUAAUGGGAGGAGCAGAUGAAUUGAAAAAUAAUGAGCAUAAGGAACUUAUCCAGAUCCUAAUUUAUAAAUAUCCACAAGCUAUAGCUCAUGACAUGACACAAUUGGGACAAGUUAACAUAGUUACGCAUCACAUUGACACAGGGAAUGCUCUUCCAAUUCGACAACACUAUUACUGGAUGUCACCCCGACAUGAAGCUUUUAUUAAGGAGGAAAUCGAACGAUUAAAACAACAGAAAUUAAUU